CCAAGGAUGAGGACGGGCUCAAAAUGUACGCAAAAUAUGAUCCAUAAAUUAUUGGAUGAACCCUUAAUGGCGCUUUCAUACAAUCAAGCUGAAAUCCAGUCGCGUCACAAUAAAUAUGCGAUUGAAUCUACAAUGCGCAUGUGUACUGCGACGUGGCUGCAGGGUCGAGGGGUGAACGGAAGGGAGAGGUUCUGUGUCAGACUCUUGAACCUGCUCGAAGCUCAUGGUGGAGCAGUCAUCAGGUCCGGGCCGGGUCAUGCAGCGACUAAAGCUGAUCGGCUCAGUGACGUCACCCACAAGUCCCCUGAGCACCGUGUUCUGGAGGCUCAUUCCACGAUCAAAUGCGCAAGAUGUGCGUUUAGCGAACGGAGUACUGAAAUUGUGAAACAUAUCCAAUAAUUCAAAACUAUUUAUUUUUUAAUCGAAUUUACGUAUCUAAUUUCUAAGUAAAGCUUUGUAAAGUUACUGUUGCGAAAUAAAAUUUACUACCGGUUGUUGUAAUUUGAUCCUUAUAAACUUUCGCAACAAACAUCAAAAUUUGCAAGAUAUGGAGCAAUAUAGUUGAGCAAUAUUCAUUUUCUGCUCGUAAAAUUCACAACUAGGUAUAAUAUUUUUAUUGCAAAACAGCAAUCACGUUUCCUAAUUUAACUUUCGCAAUAAACAAUCUAACUGUGAUUUAUUCAUUUUAAUAAUAGUAAAAAUUUCAACAUUUCAAUUGGUUAUCAAAGACUGCAUUCAUAUUUUUUUUGUUCUCGCAAGAUAAUAUUUUCAAAAAUAAAAUGCUGAAAGGAUUAUUGUUUCUAGCUUUAAUAUACCUGUGCCAAGGCUACAUGAAUUCUAGGUUACAGAAUUGGUUUCAAGAAAAACGCCAGAUCGGGUUCCUGCCCGCAGCCGCCGGUAUCGACAGCGACAGCGGCAAGCCGCGCGGCCUCGCGCCGUACCCGCAGCCCUGGCGGCAGGCUGAUCGCCGCGGCUUCGCGCCGUACCCGCAGCCCUGGCGGCAGGCUGAUCGCCGCGGCCCCGCGCCUUACCCGCAGCCGUGGCGGCAGGCUGAUCGCCGCGGCCCCGCGCCGUUCCUGCAGCCGCGACGGCAGGCGGAGGACAGCCGCCAGCCGCCGGACCAUCCCAACCACGACAACAGCCAUUUCUGCCCCAUGCCGGGAAUGGUGCAAAGAGGGGCCAGGCUGAUUGAAGACUAUAACGCGUACCCGUGGCUAGCGCGGGUGCUACACGUGCGGUGUGUAAAAUUGACUACUUGACAGUUUUUUGUAAAUAAUGUCAAACGAUCUUGAUUUUUCUGAGGAUCAAAUAUCUAUAUAGGACUCAUGGCAUUUAAGCAACACAAAGGUCAGAAAUGAGAGUUAAAGUCUGACGCUCGCAUUCGACGAUUGAAACGCCUCUAACAAAAUGAUAUCGUGAUGUGACGUCACAUUUUAUAA